AUGUCUAUGAUCACGGCGACGACGUGGGUGCCGCGCGGCUUUGCGGCGCCCUUUCCUACCAAGUAUGAUUUCAAUGAGGAGGAAUAUGACCGGAUAUCGAAGCUUGCGAAGCUGCAGCUAGACGAUGCAAAGGAAGAUCUGGAAGAAGCUCAAGAAGAGAAAAGGAAGAGCAAUGGCAACACCGGUGGCGCGAAGCUGGAAGACACAGAGGAAAUCGACGAUGACCUGAAAGAGUACGACCUCGAGCAUUAUGAUGAUGACGGCAAGGAGGACGAAGGCGGCACCGCGGCCAUGUUCGGCAAUAUCAAGAAUCUAAUGUUUCACGAUGCCAACGAAGAGGAUCCAUACAUCACAAUGGAAGGCGGCGAGGACGACGACGAGGAGCGCGAGGAGCUCCAGAUAUUGGCGACAGACAACCUGGUGCUGGCUGGCAGGAUAGAAGACGAGGUCGCGCAUCUUGAGGUAUAUGUCUACGAAGACGAGGCAGACAAUCUCUACGUACACCACGAUAUAAUGCUGCCUGCCAUUCCGCUUGCAGUGGAGUGGCUGGAUCUACCCGUCGGGAAGGCGAGCACAGGCAGCGAUGCGAAAGGAAACUUCGUAGCCGUGGGCACCAUGGACCCGGAUAUUGAGCUAUGGAAUCUGGACGUCGUGGACAGCAUGUAUCCUGACGCGAUCCUCGGUCAGGGUGCAGAAGACGCUGCAAAUGCGGAGAAACCGAAGAAAAAGAAGAAGAGGAAGUCGAAGAAAGCCAACGAUGACUAUCAUGUCGACUCUGUCCUCUCCCUCGCUGCGAACCGCCACCACAGAAACCUCCUUGCCUCCUCAUCGGCCGACAAAACGAUCAAGCUCUGGGAUCUGAACACUACGAAAUGCGCAAAGUCAUAUUCGUAUCACACAGACAAAGUAUGCUCAGUAGCAUGGCAUCCGACCGAGUCCACGGUGCUCCUGAGCGGCAGCUACGAUCGGACGGUAGUGGCCGCGGAUAUGAGAGCGCCCGAGGCAAAGGCUCCGCGCUGGGGCGUCGAGAGUGACGUCGAGACUGUUCGGUGGAACCCGCACGAUCCAAACUUCUUCUACAUCUCCACAGAGAACGGCAUGAUCCACUAUCACGACGCUCGCAACGCGCCAACCGAUCCCUCCAAAUCUAAACCUGUCUGGGUCCUUCAAGCACAUGACGAAUCAAUAUCCUCCUUCGACAUCAAUCCAAUAAUACCAGGUUUCUUAGCGACGGGCUCAACAGACAAGCAAGUCAAGCUGUGGAACAUCCAACCAUCGGGCCCCAGCAUGGUUGUCUCACGAGACCUAGGUGUUGGCAAGGUCUUUUCGACCACCUUCGCCCCAGAUCAAGAAGUUGGUUUCCGGCUCGCGGUUGCGGGAAGCAAAGGCGCGGUGCAGAUCUGGGACACGAGCACGAACAAAGCUGUGCGCGAGGCGUUCGCAACGAAGGUGCCACAGAUGAAGGGCGAUGGCAAGGAGCGGCUUGUGGGCUUGGACGAGGAUGAGACGGACUCAGAUUCAGAAGAAGGGGAAGAUGAAGAUGAGGAGGCGAACGGGGGCGAAGGGUGGGAGUCGAUGGAGGAGUAG